AAUAUUGAAAUGGAUAUUUCAUAUUUUGUUACCGUUCUUCAGUUAAUGAAUAUUUCUCUGCGAAAAUGAAUUAAUUUGUAUUCGGUUACUAAAAUCUUGAAUUUUUAUUAGCUUUCCAUUCAUAUAAUCUAAUAUUCAAUGUACAAAUUUGAUUAAAUUUUACGGAACGAGAAUGUAUGUCGGUCUUCAGAUUUUCGUGUUUAUUUUCGCUCUGUGCUUAGAUUUCGUGUUGUUACUGAAUAACGGCUUGGCCAGGACACCUCCCAUGGGCUGGAUGUCGUGGGGGUACUACCAGUGCGCCGACGACUGUGACAAAACCCCCGAUAAAUGUCUCAAUGAGCAACUCAUCAUGGAUGUAGCGGAUGCAUUAUUCAACGACGGCUACCUGGAGGCCGGGUACGAGUAUGUUGUGAUUGAUGACUGCUGGUCGGAGAGGGUGCGGGACAGGAAUGACCGUCUGGUGCCGGAUAGGAAAAGAUUCCCAAGGGGUAUGAAGUUCUUAGCGGACUAUGUCCACAAGCUGGGUCUGAAAUUCGGCAUGUACACAAACGUGGGCAAGGAUACAUGCAUGCACUACCCGGGCUCGCGAGAUCACUUCGAGAGUGACGCGCAGCAGUUUGCAGAGUGGGACGUGGAUUACCUCAAAGUUGAUGGCUGCUUUGUGGAAAACGAGUAUCUUGAUACUGCAUACAUAAAGCUUGGUCACUAUUUGAAUAAGACUGGCAGACCCAUGGUAUUCUCGUGCAGUUGGCCUUAUUAUAAGGAGUAUAUUCAUAAGACUAAGUUCAGCUACGCGCCAAUCGCGAAACACUGUAACAUGUGGCGCAACUUCCACGACAUCUUCAUCAACUUCGGUAAUGUCGUGUGGAUCAUAGAGAACUACGAGAAGAAUAACAGGCUGUACAGGCAGUUCCAUAAGCCGGGCCAGUGGAACGAUCCUGACAUGAUAAUCCUAGGAAACAAUGGCCUAACCGAGAGCCAGAGCCGCAUCCAAAUGGGCUUGUGGUCGAUGUGGUCCGCGCCGCUCCUGCUCAGCUGCGACAUGAAGAAGAUCAAGCCCUUCGAGAAACAACUGCUUCAGAACAUGGACCUGCUGGCCAUAGCCCAGGACCCUCAGGGGAAGAUGGCUGGAGCCUUUAAGAUUCGAGAGAAAGUUACACUGUGGGUGAAGCGCCACCUACCGAUGAAAGGGGACAUCUACUCUUCAUAUUCUUUCGCACUUGUCAAUUUGAGGGGAGACAGUCAAUAUGUCUCUUUCAAGCUUGCACACUAUGGGUUGGAAAAGACUGAAGUGUAUACAAUUUUGGAUGUGUUCACGGGCGUUUUCUUAAGAAAUGUGACGAGACAGGAGGUCCUGAACAUUUCGGUUCCGGCUGAAGAUAUUAUUCUUUACACGUUCUAUCCCUUGUGAAGGUGAGGCGUACUAAACCAAGCUACUCGUAAAGGCUUGCUUUGCUGGUAGUGACACUAGUGACAGCUAACACUAUACGCGCGCGUCGCGCCGAAUGAUGGUCCCUAUGACCUCUAAUACGGUCACAUUUUUCUAGACUGAAAUACACUUACUUAUUAUCCUUAUCUGUCAUUUUGACUUAUGUAUUUGUAAGAAAACGAUAAAACAUAAUAUAACUAAAUCAGGCCCGUAGACAUGUAAAAUGCUUGAAAUGAAAUGCUAAAUCAGGCCCGUAAACUUUUAUAAAUAAGGGGGUUAGUAAUUGUCAAAUUGUGACUUUAUUAUUUAUUAUUAGGUACGUAAAGAUGUUUAUCGCUUAACUUUAUCGGGUUGCAUACCCAUGUAAUGUCCGUCCAAAAUUAAAUUAGGUAUAUUGUAAUUCUAUUUUAGGUUAAGUUCGUUUUUCCUUUGAGAAGUCGCAAAAAACUUUCUCCACUUACAAAAGGUAUAAUUAGUUUUAUUUUUAUUUAACAUACCUGCUCGUGCAAUUUAUUUCGUUUUGUUAAAAUGUAACUUGACUUCGUUAUAAAAUAUGUUAUUUAUUUAUUAAAAUGUGCGUCAAUCGCGGGUUUGUUCUAAAAAAUGUGCUCAAUUUUAUUUGUGAUAUUAAAAUAAUACAACAAUA